AUGCCUCGAGAACCAUCCGACCCCGACAAGGAGCCAUUGAUAAACGCGGCAUUAACAAAUGAGAAGCAUGUAUUUGUAAGCCACUUAUUUUUUUUUUUGCAUUUUUAAAUCAAUUCGGUUUUACAAAUUUGAUAUUUUGAUCAGAAAAUAACUUGGCAUUAAAUAUUUUCUUUAUAUUUCAAAGAGAUUGUUUCAAAAAAAUUUUGUUUCAUUUUUACAAUGCUUCAGAUACCCGUCCACCUUCCAGCCCCGAAAAAGUCGAAAUACAGAUUCUCAAUACUGUUGUGGCUCAGCUUCCAGACCACCUUCCAUUCACUGCUUCUGAUCUACUCAAGAAGUCGACCCAAUGUGGACAUUUACCUACCCUCCGUGGCCGUUCUAUUCACCGAGAUUAUCAAGGCCAUUGCUUGUAUGUGCAUAAUCAAGGUGACGGAGAAAGAACAUGGGUAAGAUGGAGGAUGAUUUUGCGGUUUUCGGAAAGUUUUUACAGAGUCAUUGUCAAAGGCGAGACGCUCCAAAUUUUCUUUAAAUUUUUUGCACAUUACGUACCUGCCAAUUUUUUAUACCCCUCAAAUUUUAGCCGCAGCAUGCUGACCGACGAUUUAGGGAAUAUUUGAAGGUGAGAGAGUUCGAAAAAUGAGGAGACGGUCAGAAGAAAAAAACUUUUUUUUGCGAUAUUGUGCAAAAAGAGGGAUUUUCAGAAUACCAAAUAUCCAUUCGUAAAUCGAAAAAAUCAUGUAUUUUUCAACAAGAUGCGAGCAAAAAAUCGCUGGAUUUUCUCCGAACUGGGAAAAUCUUCCGUAUUCUGGCACACUAAUUUUUUGAUUUUUUUCGCAGGCCGCAAGUUGGGACAAAAAGAUAGAGCGAUAACGUCUAACAUAGCAAAAAUUGCGGUUCAAUGGUAUCCUCCAUAUGUUUUUUUCUACCUUCCAUGAUCACUAUGGUCUACUUCAAGUAAAAUCGCCGCUAAUAUCAGCAAAGAUUGUUACUUCAAAGCUGAGGGCGGCUCGGAAAAAUUAUUUUUUUUGGAGUGGGCCAAAGUUUUACCCGAAACUAUAAACUAAAAAUACUCGGCGUAAAUUUGGCACAUACUCUCUCACCAUUAGCUAUGUCUAAAUCUGAACUCCUCCAUAAAAUACUUAAUUUUUUUCCAGUCUCCGGGCAUCCCUCGUAAAACACGUCAUAAAUGCACCAACUCAAGUCCUCAAAAUGGCUGUGCCAGCAGUUUUAUACACAUUCCAAACCAACCUCCUAUACCUGGCGGCAACAUACAUUGAUCCUGCUACUUUUAUGGUAAAAUUUUUUUAUAUUCAUUACCCCAGUAUUUUAUUUUGAGAUUAUUAUUUUUUUCCUUUUAGGUCCUGCAACAACUGAAAAUAUUCUCGUCCGCUGUUUCGUCCGUCUUCCUGCUGAAUCGAAGGAUAGCAGCGGGCCAAUGGGGAGCGCUAUUUCUCCUGUUUCUUGGGGUCUGCACGGUUCAGCUCAGUCGGACAUCGACGGGGAAAAAGACAAGUGAAGACAAUUUUAUAGGUAAGAUACGACAACAUAUUCUAUCGAUGAGUAAAAAAAGUCAACUUUUUUGAUGAUCAAAACGUGAACUCAAAAAAGUGUGAACUUUUUCCGACUUUUGACCUAAGCUUUUCGGUGGUUUCUUCCAGACGCGGGCUAGAUGUCUCGAAGAUGUUUCAGAAAAAAUAUAUAGUUUUAUGCCUUUACAGUGGGGGGCGUGAUCCAGUGGCAAACAACGUACCAUUUUGUAUCCGAGACGUAUCAGAAAUGUGGCAAAAUGCUUCCUUCUCCAAGUGAAAAAACUUUGUUUUGAAGGACGCGCCCUUUUUCCUCACAAAAAGAGCGGUCGCGUUUUUGAAAUCUGAUAGGAGGUAUUUUGCCACAUUUUUGAUACUUCCCGGAUGCAAGAUGGUACGUUUUUUAUCAUAGUAAGCCGAAAUUGCAACAAAAAUCAUUCUUGGUAACUUUUACAAACAUUUUUGAAGUCUUUCUUUGCCGCUGCCCAGGAAAAACUUUACGAGUCCGUCGGGAAAAUAACGUGCAUUUGUCGCAUCGAAAUGUCUCGUCUCGUCGCAGCCGCACACCAAAUCUCCAGCUGCCUAGUCGUCGCAUGCGAUAAUGAACAAUUUCAAAGCCUGACGAAUCAACAUUAUUUUCCCGACCUAAUGAUAUAUUAGUCUUUUCCAGGUGUUCUCUGUGUCACAAUGGCUGCCGCGACCUCCGGAUUCGCUGGCGUUUACAUGGAGCGCCAACUCAAAAGCAUAGAGCCGGUGUCGAUUUGGAUGCGGAACAUUCAAAUGGGAACCAUGGCUAUUCCCGCCUCAUUCUUCACCAUCAUCGCUCAAGAUGGCCAAUCGGUCCUGAGUGGGCAAAUCAGUCUCACCAGGGGAUUUGAUUUCGUCGCUUGGUGCACUGUGGCGUCCGCUGCGUUGGGAGGAAUGUCGGUUGCGGCGUGCAUCAAAUACGCCGACAACAUCGCCAAAGAUUUCGCCUCUGCAACCGCCAUUGUGAUGACAACGAUAGGGUCGAUUUUCCUCUUCAACUUCAGUCCAAGCUGGGUAUUCUGCGUUGGCGCCAUCAUGGUUAUGACCAGCACGUACCUGUUCUCCAAGUUCAAGCCGAAUCCAAUGAAGGUGGAGCAAAAGAAACCGGUUGUCAUCGACGAAGAUGGGGAGCUCGCAAAAGGGCUGUAG